GGUUCAGAUAUUUUGCAAUGGAGCUUCCCGUUGCUAAAUAUUUAUUUGGAAUUAAUGAACAACUCCUGGUUUGAUCGGGCCGGGGUCUGUGUGGAGUCUCUGUGCACAUUCUCUGGUUUCCUCCUACCUCAAAAAAACAUGCUGCGCCCUCUGCUGGACAACAAGAGGAACAGUUUGAACAGAACACACUGAAGGGAAAAGUGAAAUGGAGUUCCUCAGUGGAGAGGUGUCUUUACCUGAUAUCAGGGUCGCGGCGCACCCGGGGUCUGUCCCUGGAACACGAGGCAUGAGGCCUGUGAUGAAUCUGACACCCUGAAUCUGAGGCCAGUCCAUCACGACGAUCCUUUCGCACACUCUUCAACACACUAUGGGCAGUUUAUCUUAGCUAAUCCUCCUGUGUUUUGGGAGGUGGGAGGAAACCAGAGAACCCGGAGGAAACCCACGUGGACAGAGUCGACGCGUGAAACUCCAUGCACAUGGCAACCCAAGCUCAAAGCCAACUUUUAAACAUAAAUAUAAGAACAAGCUUUUAAAGAACAUCAGAUAGAUAGAUAGAUAGAUAAAAUGACCAAAAAAGCUUUUCUAAAGAAAAAGUUCAAAAGUGUUGAUGAGACUCACAAGGUCAACAAAGUUAAAAGUACCAAAAGUGCCAAAGUGUGUACCUGGAAAAUAUAUAUAAAUAUAAAUACAAAUAUAUUCAUAUUUACAUAUUUUUUAUAUUUAAUUUUAUUAGGAAGAAUUUGUUCACAUAAUUCAUAUUAAAAUUGUAGGAUGACUUUAUUCAAUUUAAACUUUCAGAUCUUUACCUAAUGAAUCAUAUUAAUCAUAUUACUCAGUUGCACGUUUCCUGUCACAUCACUUAUAUGAAUUAUUUCAUAAAGUGGAUCUCAACUGUGUGUAUAUAUAGUAGGUUUAUAACUCUCUGUACUUCCUGAAUAUGUUUCUCUUGAAGAAUAUGAUGCUACUGUGGUAUGCAAAGCAGCAUAGCUAUGUGUUUGCUGUUGCAUUACUGACUUUACAUACUGUAUCUUUGCUGUCAUUUGCAUAGAGAACAGGAAAGGAGGAUCACUUUCCAAAGCAAACUCAUUCCAGCCAUAAAGAGCAAGGUUUCACCUCCUUCACUUUCCACAUCACUUCCCACAUCAUUGUUUUACACGCACGCACAUACAACAUAUGCCACUUCUGAAGUUUUCAGUAAUGACCCUGGCAGAAAGAUGGAUGUAGCAGGCCUGACUUCUCUCCUCAUCUCUACAUUGAUUUACCAUGUACUGUCUAAUUCAUUCAGUGCAGCUGAUAAAGGAUUCCAACCGUGUUCACAGAACUUGACACAAUGUCCUCCUGGUAACGUCACUGUACAGAUGAAGAACAACUCUGUAAACAACUGUGGUACCAGUGUCAGCGUGACCUGUAAUACUAGCCUGCCUCAGAACCUGAUCUGCGGCUUUGAGUGGUGGCAGGACCGGAAGAAGUUAGACAACCAGAACCAGGGCACUUUAGAUCAGAAAAUCACGAAGAAAGUGAUAGUCAUCUGUACUGUUCUGAGUCCAUGUGGAAACUUCACUUCUUCCUGUAAUGAAAUAAAUUGCAAUGAAACUGAUGUCGCCACCGUUCUGCUGAUCUGUGGAGUGGGAGCUUUUAUCGUCAUCCUCAUGUUUGGUAUCACCAUGAAGAUUAUGCUGAAGAGAGGAGAAGUUGAAAGGCAGGCCAGGAGGCAACAGAGACAAGCGAUGCAGAGCAAUGACAGCACUGCGACCGUCACAAGCUACUGGUGAGAGAGACGGAGGCAGUUAGUGACUAAAUGUAAUUAUUUAAUUUGUUACAGGUGAGCAUGUGAGGCUGAGAUAUAAAUUUUUCAUUUUCCUCUAUGGACACUAUAUCUCUUCUUGUUUGAAAAUGAUUGCUUGCUUUACUUAAUGGCUAUGUGGCAUAAAACAUGUUUUUAUGGAUAUAAUGAUUUUUAUAAAUAAAUAAAUAAAUAUUUAAUAAUUAAAUCAUUAAUCACCAGGUCAGCUAAUUGCAAGUGCUUAUAUGUACAGUUAAUAUGGGUCAAAAAUAAUAUUAAAAUUAACCUUUGUACACAAAGUGUACAUAUGUAUAUAAUAUAUUUUAAUAAUUAUAUUUUUAAAUAAUUAUAUAAUAACUAGAACAAUGAUAUAAAUAAAUAUAUAAUAAAAAUAAAUAAUAUUCUGUGGCUUUAUGAUAUUCUAUGCAGUGUUAUUAAUCAAUAAUAAUAUCACAAUACAUUCAUACAGAUACUAUUAAUAGAAAUUCAACUCAUUUAAAUGCCAUUCAGUGUAUGUGAUAACUUUAAAUGCAUACUUAUAGCUGACCUACUUGGGUAACAUACACAAAAAUCAAGUAAACAGAAUGGUUCUUCUGUAAAUACAAAUAUUUUUUGAUUAGUAUUCAAAUUUGUUAUAGAUGAUAGAU